AUGCGCGGUGAACGCGCGCACUCGUUCUCGUAUUAUCGAUCGAUAUACGGUCACGACGACGACGGUAACGAGUACGGUGGCGGCGGAUGCGGCGUUGACGGCGCCCUCAAAUACCAUCACCAUUAUCCGCAUCAUAAUUGCAAAGACGAGCAACGCAGGCAAUUGCUGCGGCCUUCGAUAGUGGUCCCAAAUUACGGGAUGAACGGCGCUGGGCCGCCGAGAGUACAGCCACAUCGGAAUCCGUAUGCGGUACGGCAGCCAGCGAGAACUGGGGAAGUUGAGGACGAUGAAAGCAUCAAUUGUUCGCCGUGUUGCGACGAUCCGAAUGUAAGUCGAACCAUCAAGGCUCUUCUACUUGGCCAAAUUCUAUCAGUUUGUCUUUGCGGUACAGGAGUAUCCAGUCAGUUACUCGCCAAUCACGGUGUCAAUGCUCCUGCAGCACAAUCAUUCACCAACUAUUUUCUUCUCUGUUUUGUUUACUGUAUCUCACUGGCGUGCCGUGUUGACGAUGAAGGUCUUGUGUUCGUACUGAGAAAGAGGGGAUGGCGUUAUCUUAUUCUAACCAUUAUCGACGUCGAAGCGAAUUAUUUGAUUGUCAAGGCAUAUCAGUACACAAAUCUAACAUCAAUUCAGCUUCUCGACUGUGCCACAAUUCCAACAGUUCUUUUCCUGUCAUGGCUUUUCUUGUCUGUUAGGUACCUCGCUUCACAUAUCAUAGGUGUUACAAUUUGCAUCAUAGGAAUUGCAUGUGUCAUUUGGGCCGAUGCUCUUGGAGACAAAGGCGCUCUAGAAGGCGGUUCCAAUAAGGUUCUUGGCGACGUUCUUUGUCUAACCGCUGCUGCUUUAUACGCAGUUUGCAACGUCGCCGAGGAGUUUCUCGUCAAACAGCAUUCAAGAACAGAAUACCUCGGAAUGCUCGGACUCUUCGGCUGCAUUGUCUCCGGAAUUCAAUUAGCAAUCUUCGAACAAGAAGCAUUGGCAAAAAUUCAUUGGGAUGGUCCAACAAUAGGAUGUUUUGCACUUUUCGCUUUUUCCAUGUUCAUAUUCUACUCAUUUGUUACUGUAGUUCUCCAGAAAACGAGUGCCUUAAUGUUCAAUUUAGCCACAUUAACCGCCGAUUUCUAUUCACUUCUUUUCGGUAUUUUUAUGUUUAAUGACAAGUUCCACUAUUUAUAUUUUGUUUCGUUUAUUAUUUGCAUAGUUGGCUCAGUGAUUUAUUCAAUGCGAGAGACACAGAUAGAAUUUUUUAAAUCAAAAUUGUCGCGAUUAAAGGUUCGCGAUGCCGAUGAGCCUCGACGCGUCUGUCCUUGCCUCUUCUAUUGUUGCUGCUGUUGCGGGUGCUGCUUUGAAGACGACGAUAGUACAGAAGGAUCACUAACGAUCUCGCCGACACCCAACGAGAGAAUGCAAAUGGGCCUCAACCCGCGCGCAUCAAUGAGCCCGUGUCCGGUGCACGGCGGCAGCACAUUCUCGCGUCUUUAG